GCCUUCUCUGGGACCAGAGUCAGUUCUGUUUCGGAUUUGCUAGCGUUACGACGGUUCUCUGGAAAGUGUCUCCAAACUUAAAAACGGCAGUGUUCUAGAAGUGAUCAGUGUUUAAAGAGCAGUGAUUUUUCAGUACCAAACUGGUGUUCAAAGUUUUAUUUUAUUAUUUAUUUUUGGAUAUUGUGUCCUAAAUAAGUGAAAAUUAUUAUUAGGUGAAGAGAAAUUUUUCGUAAAUAGUGUGCGCUUAUCGAAACAUGCUAAAAGUGUUCAAAAUCUGAUCCAGUGACCCGUAAACCCGUUGCCCAGCCAUGGAAAGUCCUUCGUCCCGCCCGGAGGCCCCGAAACGCCACAGCCUGACCGUGUACACUGAAAGUGAAAGUGAAAAUGCCAAACGGCCGCGCACCCCUUCGCCCCAGCUGCCCCACAAGGGUCCGAAAAAAGUGUCCUUUUCCGAUGAACUCCCCCAAGGGGAGUGCUCCGAGCCACCACCACCGGAUGCAGAAGCCUUGACCCAGAAAAGUGAAAGUGUCAAACUGUCCCACUUCGAUGCGAAUCCGUUUGUGUUUGUGCUGCAGAAAAAUGACUCCUAUCUGGAUCACCUGCACCAGAUGGAGGACACCGUAGAUUCCGUUCCGCUCAUCAAAUCGGACGUGUUUCCGAACCAACGCAAAGUUUCGAUUCAUAAGCCGGAUGAAAGUGAAACCACGUCGGAAGACGCUGAGCAGAAGUCUACCCCGGUGUCGAUCUUGAAACCUAGUGACCCAAUUUCAACGCCCGCGACAACAUCGACGACCAAACCGACGGCCAACUUUGAUCCGAUUUCCGCCGGAUUAGUGAAUGACCUGCGGGCUCAAAGCAAGCUUGUUAGUGAAUCGUUGGCCGGAAAAAAGCAAAAUUUAGCCGACAGUGACAAAAUUGAAAAAAGUGUCGCCGUCGCAGGUGCCGCUGCGCCGACGGAAACGACCGUUAGCGUCAUGGAACUGGAAGUGAAGCGCGACAAGCGCCGUUGGUUGCUGAUUUCCGAGCUAAGCGCGAUUCUCGGCGAGGAGAAACACUCCGUCGAUGGGUUCAAGCGAAUCUUCCGCGAACAGACGUUCCUGCAGAACCUAUUUCGACUGUUCGACAUGGACAACGAGAACUGCCUGGAGCAAGAUAAGUGGAUCGAGCAUAUCAAGGGAAGGCUGACAGAUGAAAAGCAGAUCGAUUUUGCCGAGCAGCUGGAAUCUGUAGCAUAUGUGCUUUGUGGUGAAGGAACUGUGAGCUACGAUAAGUUUUGCCAAAUAUGGCACGCUAAAGGAAUCCUUGACAAACUAUAUCGGUUAAUCGACGUCGAUUCGACCAAUUCAAUUUCAACCAAUCAAAUCAUGGAGUUCAUCUCGAAUCUCACUAAUUCACGACCCCGAACCGGCUUCGACAAAUCAUCCCUGGAGAGGUUGGAGCAGUUGUUCAUUAAAACAGUCGGCAACGAGAAGGAAAUCCGGCGGGAGGAAUUCAAAAAGAUUGUUACGUCGAAAAAUCCGUUCUUCACGGAGCGUGUCUUCCAGAUCUUCGAUAAGGACAACUCCGGGUCCAUUUCGCUGCAAGAAUUUAUCGACGCCAUCCAUCAGUUCGCCGGCCAGUCUGCGGAAGAUAAAAUUAAAUUUUUAUUCAAAGUAUAUGAUUUGGAUGGUGACGGUCUAAUCCAGCAUCUAGAGCUCCAACACGUGAUGCGGGCAUGCAUGGAGGAGAAUGGGAUGCGGUUUUCCGAAGAUCAGAUCGAAGAUCUCACCAUGGCAAUGUUUGAAGACGCCGACAAGUUCAACCGGGGCGCUAUCACCUACGAGGCGCUCAAGAAUCAGCUCGAGAAGCACGGCGGCCUGCUGGAGAAUUUGAGUAUCAGUAUCGAUCGGUGGCUCGUUCCACUGCCCCAGGAGGACACCACCAGGAAGAAGCACGGCAAGAAACCACUGCCACAUCAGCUGACGGCACCGUACAUUAAAAAUAAUUACGUGUACCUGGCGUUUCUGGCUAUCUUCACCCUGAUCAACGUCGGGCUGUUCAUCUCGCGUGCGAUCCAGUAUCGCAAGAGCAACGGAUUUGUCAUAUUGGCGCGAGCUUGCGGACAAUGUCUCAACUUCAACUGUGCCUUCAUCCUGGUGCUGAUGCUGCGCCACAGUAUCACGUUUCUUCGGACGCGUGGGUUCACUGCCAUUCUGCCUCUGGACCAGCACAUCUACCUGCACAAGCUGACGGGGGUGCUGGUGGCCGCCUACAGUUUGCUGCACACCAUCAUGCACCUGUUCAAUUUCACAACUAUUGUCGUCAACGAUCCGGUGAUCAACGCGAAGAACUUCACCACCGCCGAGUGGCUGUUCACCGCCCGGCCCGGUUUGUUCGGCCUGGUGGGAGGUUGCGCCAACCCUACCGGGAUCGCCCUGGUCUUCAUCCUGCUGGUGAUGUUCAUCUGCUCGCAACCGUUCGUUCGACGAGGAGGCAGCUUCGAAGUUUUCUACUGGACACAUCUUCUGUAUAUUCCGUUUUGGAUUCUGGUUCUCUUCCACGGGCCUAACUUUUGGAAGUGGUUCAUCGUUCCAGGAGCCAUCUAUCUGGUAGAGCGAACCCUUAGAUUAGUUUGGAUGCGAACACAGCACGGCAAGACGUACAUUUCCUCUGGGUUGUUGCUGCCCUCCAAGGUAACUCACCUGGUCAUCAAGCGACCACUGCACUUUUGGUUUCGUCCGGGUGAUUAUGUCUUCGUCAACAUUCCCGCCAUUGCCAAGUACGAGUGGCAUCCGUUUACACUAAGCAGUGCACCCGAACAGGAGGACUACAUCUGGCUUCACAUCCGCGGCGUAGGAGAAUGGACAAACCGGCUGCACAGUUUCUUCGAGAAGGAACAGGAGCGAUUACACAACGGCGAAAUUCCGGCAGUCAUUGCGGGUUGCUCGACAACUCCAUGCUCUUCGACGUCUUCAGUAGUGCAGGAAAAUCCCAAGGAGAUGCCAAUGAAAUUUUCCCCAGGUUUACCCAAAAGUGCCAGUGUGGAUUCACCUUUAACAAAGAGCACAGAGAAUACUUUCGACAAACCGCUGAUGAAUAAACGUGCUCCCCCCGGAACGUCUAAGCUAGCAAUGGAAAGUUAUACGGCGCCUCCACCGAAUGCUCCACCUAAAUUCGAUCGUCAGCUUUCAGAGAAUAAAGCAAUUAAAAAAAUCCAAGCGACACUUCAGAGAACGUUCUCUAGGAAAGAUCAAUUCCGAGGCAACGGAGUUUCUAACGAUGGCUUCACCGGAGACGACGGGCUGGACGAGCCGAAACGGAAGGUUACACCGGAGCAUAACCUUCACAAGCUGCUGUUCCAGCAGAAGGUUCCCCUAGAAAAAUCACUCUCGAUGCCCGAUAUUCAAAACAAAGUUAAGAAACGAGAACGUAUGAUGGUCCUUCGCGAGUACAUGCGUUCCGAGUCGGAACGAUCCUUCGACGAAGUCCAAAUCAGAAAGGCUCGUCUGCAAUCGCUAGGUUUGGCCUAUCUCAGCCCACAAAACAAAUCACUGGCUCAAAGCUUCCGAUACAUGCGCAACAAGCCAACAAUCAUCGCCUUCAAGACCCCAAGUCUGGAAAACUGCGAACCGCGUGAUUCCACCAAUUCAAUGGUAGUAUCCCCAGGGAUCUUCACCCAGAAGGAAGCGGAAGAGGGAAAAAUCGUUCACAGAAACGGAGCAACGCCAGCCGUUAAACCGGGUGCAACGGAUGAAGAUAAACUGCAGCGACCGGUUAAUUACCCAGUGGGCAAACCGCUAGAAAUCUACAUCGACGGUCCAUAUGGAGCGCCCUCGAGUCACAUCUUCCAAGCCCAGCAUGCCAUACUAAUAGCUACCGGCAUUGGUGUAACGCCCUUCGCUUCGAUCCUGCAGUCCAUCAUGCACCGAUACUGGAAGGCCCGACACUGCUGCCCACGUUGCAAUUACGAGUGGUCCAGUGAAAUUCCUCCCACCAUCAUGAACCUCCGGAAGGUGGACUUCUUCUGGAUCAACCGAGACCAGCGUUCGUUCGAGUGGUUUGUGAACCUACUCUCGCAGCUGGAGAUCGAGCAGGCCGAACUGGGCGGUGCCAUGGAACGAUUCCUGGAGAUGCACAUGUACAUCACCAGUGCGCUGCAGAAGACCGACAUGAAGGCGGUGGGACUACAGCUGGCUCUGGAUUUACUACACCAGAAGGAAAAACGUGAUUUGAUCACCGGACUCAAAACACGCACCAACGCUGGCCGACCAAACUGGGACAAGGUGUUCAAGCAAAUUCAGGACCAGAAGAAGGGCAAGGUGACCGUGUUCUACUGUGGGCCACCCCAGUUAGCCAAAACUUUGCGCUACAAGUGCGACCAGUUCGGCUUCCAGUUUCGCAAGGAAGUGUUCUAAGUGGGGCGAGCGAACGUGCUCGUCACACUACUGUUUUACUAGAUUGUUAUGUUAAUUAUUUAUCGCAAAUGUUUUUAUCUGCUGUAAAUUAUUGAUUUGUUGUAACGUAGUAACUGCCGUAUAAAUCACUGCCGAGACUAAAUUACGAAAAAAAAAAACAAAUAAUUCUAUUUAUUCAUUUACCUCCAGUUUGAUUUCUUUCAAAUAAAUAUAGUUACUCAACACGCUGUUAAAAUAAACUAAGCAAUAGCGUAUUUUA